CCCACGAUCGGAGACGGCGGGGGGGGGGGGGAAGAAGGGGAGGGCGGGGCCGCCGCCUGGGCCGCAGGGAAGCGGACGCGGAGCGAGUCCACGCGGGGCAAGAAGCAGCAGCAGCAGCGAAGGAAGGAAGGAAGGAGGCAAGCAAGGCAGCGCCCCGUUGCAAGCGGCUGCAAGCGGCUGCCGGUAAGAGAAACACUUCCAAGAUGACGCGGGACCAUUGCCCCUUCCCGGCCUUUGUGACCGUCAUGGCUGCAGCAUGCUGACCCACAACGGUGGAGUCGAAGUGGGUGCCAGGAAUUGCUCCUUUCCCAAACGCUCCAUGGGGAGCGCACUGCCUUUCUCUGUCUAUUUGACCACCGCUGGCUGUCUCGGGAGCCCUCGAUUGGCUGGUGAGCCUGAGAGGCAACGGGACCUUCCCUCCAAUCAGAGACAAGGGCGGGAUCCGGAAUCCUGAGCGCACGCCGGCCAGGGGCGAUGCAGUCGGACGAUCUCUUCGUUCGCAAGAUGCGACGCCACUCGAACCGUCCGCCACUCACCUCCUUUUCGUUCGACAAUUUCCGGGCCCCUAAGCCCCAGGCGUGUGAGGGCCCGCUCGUGGGCCACUGUGGCCCGCCGCUGAGGUCACCGCAGCGCAGUGGCCUCAUGCAUCGCAGCAACAGCGACGUAACCCUGAGCGAAGGGGAGCUGACGACCGCUCCGGGCGCUCCCAGCUCUCCGUUGCCACUGACCGCGGCAUCCGGGACAGGGUUCCAGCGAAAUAGCAGCAGUCCCAGCAUGCCCUCAAAGAGCAUGGCGCCCCCUCGAGCCCGAGCACACAGCCAUGAAGAGUCACGGGCAGGCAGCCCCACCGCGCGCCGUUUCCGUGAUCCCCUGCUCCUGCUGGGACUUGCAGCCUCGGAUGUCUGGGAAUCAGAUGGGAGUGGCGCCCCGUCGGCGGAGACCAGCAUAUCGCUUCCCACAUCGGAGGUGGCCACGCCGGUGUGGGGCCGCCACUUGGCCCAUUAUGAUGUCCAGAGUAUCCUCUUUGAGCCAGGCGAGGGGGCCCGGGAAGCUGCCAGGCAGGGCAAUGUCACCACGGGUGCCUCCGCAGCUUCGCAGUGCCGUAUGGCGGAUGUGAUGCCGAUUCUGGAGGACGGGGCAGAAGAGGAGGAAGGAGGCACGCUGGUGCUUAGCUGUUCCGCCUUUCGGGUAGAAGCCGGAGGGGAGGUCGAACGGGGACUAGGUCAACACCGGGGGUUGCCCACGGGUUUCCACUGUCCAAACAUGGCUGUUUCGGUGCUGGAGGAACCCCGUGAAAGUUAUGGACAGAGGAGCAGCCGAGUGAUGCACGCCAUCGAGUAUGCCGAUCUCGGAGCCUGUUACUACCGGAAGCAUUUUUACGGCAAAGAACACCAAAAUUUUUUUGGGGUGGACGAUCAGCUGGGCGCUGUGGCCAUCUCCCUCCGUCGCGAAGAAAAGGAAGGCAGCGCCGGCCCGCAGUACAACUACCGCCUGAUCAUUCGCACCAGCCAGCUGCGGACUCUCCGUGGAUCCAUUUUGGAGGAUGCGCUGCCUCUCACUGUUCGCCACGCCUCUCCCCGCGGCGUCCCUCCCAAGAAGUUGCUGGAGCACAUAAUGCCGGAACUCAGCUUGGCGUGUCUGCGUCUCGCUUCCAGCUCCCCGAAAGUCCCCGAGACGUUGCUGAAGCUGGAUGAGCAAGGGCUUAGCUUCCAGCGCAAAGUCGGGAUCCUCUAUUGCCGAGAGAAACAAGGCUCGGAGGAGGACAUGUACAACAACGAGAAGGCUGGGCCCACCUUUGAAGAGUUCCUGAACCUCUUGGGAGACCGAGUCCGCCUACUCGGCUUCGACAAAUACCGUGCACAGCUGGACAACAAGAACGACUCCACCGGGACCCACUCCCUGUAUACCACGUAUCAGGACUAUGAGAUCAUGUUCCACGUCUCCACCAUGUUGCCCUACACACCAAACAACCGCCAGCAGCUGUUGAGGAAACGGCACAUCGGCAACGACAUUGUCACCAUCAUCUUCCAAGAACCCGGAGCCCUCCCCUUCACCCCCCGCUUAGUUCGUUCCCAGUUCCAGCAUGUUUUCAUUGUGGUUAGAGUACACCAUUCCUCCUCGGAUCAUACCACUUACAGCGUGGCGGUCAGCUGCACCGAGGACAUCCCGCACUUCGGGCCUUGCAUUCCGGCCGAGAACUCGUUCACGAAGGGUCCGGCUUUCCGGGACCUUCUCCUCGCCAAGGUGAUCAACGCCGAAAACUCCGCCGAGCGGUCGGGCAAGUUCCACGCCAUGGCUACCCGGACGCGCCAGGAGUAUCUCCGCGACCUGGCGCUCAACCACGUCACCACCAGCACUUUGGAGGCCUCGACGUCCCGCCGGCCUCUGAUCACUUUGCCGGCGGCCAAGAAACGCGAGAAGUCUAAAGUUCCCAAGGGGGCCGAGGCCCACAGCGCGGGCGCCUUGGUGUGGGGCGUCUGGGCCCGGGACGGGAGCAAAGAACCCAACAGCAAGACGUCGGAUCUCCGGUGCUUGCUGGGCAUCUCCUCGGAGUUUCUAGUCCUCAUUGAUGCCCGUGAGAAGAGAGUGGUUUUUAACUGCUCGUGCCGGGAUAUCUUGGCUUGGACUUUUUCGGAGAGUUGUACCUUGGACCUUUAUUACGAAACCGGGGAUUAUAUUUGCAUGCGUGUGGACGAGGGCCAGGCCUCCGACAUUCGCGAUAUCGUCCAUCGGCUACAAUUGGUGACCCGCGGGUGCGAGACCCGAGAACUGACCCUCUUACGGAAUGGCGUUGGCCAGUUGGGUUUCCAAAUGGACCACGAAGGGUUUGUCACCGAAGUGGAACGCUUCACCUUCGCGGAAAAAGCCGGGCUCCAACCGGGGGCCCGCCUGGUCCGUGUGUGCGAAAGACCCUUGCCUGGAUUGACGCCCCCUCAGACCACCGAACUCCUGCGGACGGCGAAAAAAGUCACUAUCACCGUUGUUCCUCCAGAUGAAAACGGAAGGCCCAGAAGGAGUUUCUCGGAGCUCUACCAGAAAUCGCUGCAGGAGAAGCGGAGGAGCGAACCGCCGGUCGGAGACACCGAACUAAGCCGGCCAGCCAGCGAAGUAGUCUUCAAACCGGCCACCUUUCAACUCCUACAUUCCUUGUCCCUGCAGGAUGGGGCGCCUCACCUCUUGGCCGAAGAGAGGACCGAAUUCUUACAGAGCCACAGCGACCAAACCCCAGCCCCUCCCGACCCGAUUCCACCCAAAGGUUUCUCUCUUACGUCCAAUCCUCCCCCAGAUAUCAUUUUGGCAACCACUCCCAAGGUCCUCCCGGAUCGAGAUCUGGACCAUCCGAGAGAGGCUGUGGUCAACCAUCACACGCCUGGCCUGGUAGCUCAGGAGGCCAAAGGCUUUUCAUCUUCCCCGCCGGGUGAGAAGGCCUUGCCGCCUCUGGAAGCGAGUGACAGCAAUAAGUUUUUACCCCGGACGCUUUCGCUACGGAAUUCCAUCACCAAAAUCCUCUCUGAAGCUGGGGAGUCCCUGGAAGACGAAUGGGACUCCAUCGCCAAUCUGGCAUCGGCUUGUAACAACAUCCUGGAAGCUCUCUCCCGCGAAGGCCAGCAUAUCCUGGAGAAUCGAGAAGGCAGCAUGGGGACUCAAAGAUGCGCCAGUCAGCCACAAGCCAUUGAUGAGUCCCAGCACGCGCUCAGCCUAGCCGACAAAGUUCUGUACUUGGAGCUCAAACUGAAGGAGCUGCAGGACGAUCUUCAGAAGGAAAAAGCCGAAAAGGCGGCUCUGCAAGCCGAAAUGCAAACCCUCCAGCAGAACACAAUGCGACUGAAAGAGGCGUCGGAGACGGCCGCGGCCCAGCUCAGCCAGGUCACCCAGAUGUUGGGGGGAGGGUCCUCUGGCCCCCACUGCCCGUGAGGGGACACCCUAACCCCCACCUACCCCCCUACGGCCAGCCACCUCCUCCUGGCCCAGCCCUGGAUAGCUCGCCUGACUUUCUCCCUGGAAAAAGGGCACCACCAGGAGAUCCAAGAAGUCGGUGGUUGUUUGUGAGGGGGAAAAAAAACCCCAUCACUCGCAGAGCCUUGCAUCUGUCUGGAAGUUCAGUUCUCCCCCAUUUGUCGAGCGGGGAAGAGGGGGCUGCCUUCCCCCCCCUCAAAGAGAGGGGGUUGGAUGAUUGAACGAGAAAAGACCCAUGUGGCUGGUCAGCUCUUUUCGACUGUUCGGAGCCCAUCGCUCCCACCGCCGCCUCUUCAAAGCGCACCUGGUUUUGCCGCCGUCCUCAGGUUCAGCUGGGCUUUCCUUGGGGACUUGGGUUCGAAGCGCGCCCCCCCCUCCCAAAACCCUCGUUGCUGUGCAGAGUGCGGGUGGGGGCCGGGAGAAGAAGGGUCACCUGAGAUUCCUGCCGGCCUUCGCGCAGUUCCUGGAAGUUGCCAAAAUUCAGCCACAGAUUUUUUUUAUUAUUAUUAUAAUUUUUUUAAUUUUUUGGGAGGGGUCUCCGCCCAGCCCCCGGUGGAAGAGCACCCCCCCCUCCGUGUCUUCAGCGUGGGAAAGGAUGGUGGGGGGGGGCGGUCAAAACCAAUAAAAUGGCAAUAAUUGCAACAUGGCUUCCAGGCGGGGUGGGUUUCCCGCCGAAGAUUUGUCCCCGAGAGACGCUGGGGAAACCUCUUGGAUUUUAAUCUUCCAUUUCUCUCCCUCCCCUCCUCCUCCACCGCACUGUCUGGGACGGCACAGCGUGCUUCCGGUUCAAUUUACUGUGAAUUAUUAUUAUUAUUAUUAUUUUUGAAAGCUGUGAUAGGACUAACCUCCACCCCUUCCAUCCCCCACCCUCAAAAAUAUAUUGUCCUGUCCAGUCCUUCCUUUCACCUGUACACCUUAACCUGUAGAGGCUCCUGUAGAAUGGGGUGGGGGUCUGCCCCGGGGUCUGGUCUGCCCCGGGUUUCGUCCCUCCAGCAUUGGCCCCCCCACACCUCAAAAUGGUGCUACCCAUUACUUAGUUUUCCAUUCCUCUUUGUUCAACUCCCCGACCCUUUUGGGAUCGGGGCCCACUUUCUGGAGCUCUUCUGUGUCUUUGUAGUCUGUCCGUCUUUCCUUCCUCCUGUUCUAUUUCUCUCCUCUUCUAUUUAUUUUCCUUUCCCUCCCCCUCCUUCCUUUCCUUCCUUCCUUCCUUCCUUCUUUCAUUCCUUCAGUAUUUUGUUUUUUUCUUCCCUCUCCUCUCUUCCUUCCUUUCCUUCCUUCCCUCCCUCCCUUCCUUUCAAUUCUUCACUAUUUCCUUCCUCUCCUCUCCCUACCUCCUUUCCUUCCUUCUUUCAUUCACCAUUUCCUUCCUUCUCUCGCCUUCUCUCCUUCCUCCCUCCCUUCCUUUUAUUCACUAUUUCCUUCCUUCGUUCACUCAUUCACUAUUUCCUUCCUUCCCUCCCUUCCUUCCCUCUCUUCUCUUCUCUUCCCUUCCUUCCUUCCUUCCUUUCAUU